AAGUUUCAGGAAAUGUAUCAGAAAUAGGACACCUUUACAUAAAAUUGAAUAGGCCAUUUAUUCUGCUUCCUGAAUGUAAUAAUACCAGGUAUUCAUAAAAACUGAAGUUUAUUCCUUCAAAGCGAUUUGCACUUUAUAAAAGCCCAAGUGGAGGGUCGAUCUCAUCACAGAAGAAGAAGGGAGUUUUGGCAGCAAAGUCACCAUGUCGAAGAUCAUUCUGUUUAUUGCAUUAAUUUGCCUUUGCGUGGUCGUUCAUGCUCAAAAUGAAAGGGAAAUUUGCAGGCGUGUGAAUGACAGAUGUCUGUCCAGGGCCGAAAGAAAUGGAAGGAACAACGAUGUCUCGGACAGUUUCAACGAAAGCUGUCGCCGUACCGAGAGGAACUGGCGCAACAUCACCCGGUGCGAACUCGCAAGGGCCACUUGUAUUUUGACUCUGGAACGAUGUGAAUCCUUGUCCUGUGAGAAUGUCAGGCGAGCUGUCGAUCGCCGACCCACCGAGUAAGGAAACAAUGCCG